CAUUCGCAAUUGUUAUUGUGUCACAAUAUUGUUUAAUAGCUUGUUGAAGGGAAAAACUUUUGGAAAUCUCUUGUAAUAAUUGAAAAUUCGACAAUGUCUGACGAGGAGAUUAUAAAACGCCGUUUAUUAAUUGAUGGAGAUGGCACAGGCGAUGACCGGCGUCUUAACAUGUUACUCAAACAAUUCCUCAAAUGGACUUUUUCCAAAAAUGAUUCCCCAGAAAACAAUCAAAUAAUAUACGAUCGACUGCUGGCACAAAUGGCACAAUGUGAAUUUGCGGCGGCCAAAACAGAUUAUACGUCUAAAAUGAUACAUGAAGAAUUGAAAAACUAUGCAAAGCUCUCCGAUUCCAUUGAAAAGAGUAUAGAGUUGGCUAGAAACGAAAUUGAAGAAAGUAAACGUGAACUUGUGCUAGCAAAACAGAUACGUAAGAACAAAAUGGAGUACGACAUGCUGGCAAAGGUGAUUAAGGAGCAACCUGACCGUAAGGAUACAACCAAACAAAUAGAUGCUCUCAAAAAAGAUCUGUCCGAAUUAAUGGAAAAGAAAAUAAAGUUAGAGCGUAAAUUUCAAAAGCGGCGUAAUGAUUUUACACUGCUCAUGUAUUCGAUACGAGAACUACAAGCACAACUAGAAGAAGAAAGCAGCAGUGAAAGUAGUGACGAUGAGGAAUUGAAUGUCUUGGACACAAUGGAUCUAAGUGAUGAUGAGGGAAUACCCGUGCGUGCAGAGAAAAUAGAGUUAAUUGACGGAAAAACGAUAAAAAAGGAUUCUCCUACAGAUGAAAAUGGUUCAAAAGGAAAUAUGUCGGUGGACGAAGACGCCAUACUAGAAUUAAGUAUUGAUAAGGACGAGAAUGAUGUGAAGAUGGAAGAAACCGUAACAGUUCCCUAGCAAUUAGAUUACCUCGUUAUUGAUUCCGAUUAAGAACACUCCA